AUGGCCGAUUGGUUCGUGAGCACGCUGCACUCGAUGUUGGUCACGUGCCUCAUUGGCUCUGCCGAAACUGCUUCAUCUCCGUGUCCUCGCAAUCCGCUCGACAAUCGCGAACAUCGCGGUUCUCGCCGUUUCCACAUCUACCGCUUUUCAAACCCAGGCCUUUCUAUGGAAGACGUGAUAGUCGUUCUGGGCGGCACUGCCGAGGCCGCUGCGGAGACAGCCGUGACACGCAAGUCGUGUACCAAAUGCAAUACUGAGCAGAACAUUGACCAGUUCCUCGAUGCCCGCGGGAACGGAAGGAUUGUUGUCAACUGUCUAAGUUGCCGGCACAAGAAGAAGCUUCAUGUGAUAUCCCUAGUUAAGAGGGACUACUCUGCGCAGGAGAUCUGCCAUAUCCUCCUGGGACUCCCUCUCCAAGAGGAUAGCCGAGUGGUCCAGAGUGUUGACUGUAGACCCCACGAGAGGCAUGCUCGCCCAAUCGACAUCACGGCUGAUGGCGAUAUCCAGGAGUCUCAGACAGCAUACGAGAGGUAUCUUCGGCGGCCUGCCUCAAUGGAUGACGUCUCCUACUUUGAGUUCCUGCAAGACUGGAACUUCAAGGCGCGGAAUCCGGCGAGGUGGGCGAUCUGGCAGCCUCCUGCAAUGCCCAGGGUGUUGUAUUAUUACCCCCGGUACAAGCCGGUCCGUUCCCAUCAGCAGUACUCUGACUUCUGCCGCGUCAAGCUGCUCCUGAACCACCCCCAUCGCCAGUCGGAACAAUUGCUCGAGGUUGAUGAUCUGCAGUUUGACAACUACACUUCCGCGUAUCAUUACUGUCUCGAGCACCACGACCACCAGGACGACCACUACGGUACUGUCGACGAGCCCGAUCCGCUGCCGGAAGAGGAUGAAUUCGAGCGAGGGGAGGAUGCUGGGGACAUCACACUUGAGGAUUGGCAGGAGGUGGCCCGGCUGGUCCCCGCCCUCCAACUUCCCGAAGAACCAGCCGACUUGCUUGGACGCCGAGACAUUGAUGUCAAUUGUGACUGGACACGACACAUUGGUCGCUACUGGCACGACCAGUUUGGUACCGAGAGGUUACUGGGUGCAACUCCGUGGAGACGCUCCAGAGCCAAGAACGAGAACCGUCAGCCUCCGCCCCUUCGUCUACAGAUCGACGGAGGAGGUGGGACUGGAACGUCGUACAUGGUGAAGGUCAUCUCUUCUCAUCUUCAGGCCGAGGCAGCUUCCUAUGGCCGAGUUUCCCCCAUUGUCAGGGCCGCCCCGACGGGCGUGGCGAGCAACCAGAUAGGGGGACAGACUCUGCAUUCCCUUCUGCGGCUCCCCGUCGACGGCAAUUACCGCUCGCUCUCCGAGACCCCGACGACCCUCAACGCCUUGCAGCGGGGGUUUAGGGGCAUCCACUACCUCGUGAUUGACGAGAAGAGCAUGCUCGGCCUCAAGACCCUCGCGUGGAUCGACCAGCGCCUACGAGAGGUGUUCCCGGAGAAUCGUGACGAGUUCUUCGGCGGCCUCAGCGUCAUCCUGAUCGGGGACUUCUUCCAGCUUCCCCCUGUUCUGAACAAGCCGCUGUACUCAACACGCGACGACCUAAAGGGCAUCGAGAUUGUCGGGCGUAAUGCUUACCUCUCAUUCGACAAGUCGGUGUUUCUGACCACAAUACAGCGGCAGCAGGGCGAAGACCAGGCCCCGUUUCGGCGGGCCUUGGAAGAACUGCGAAAAGCUGAUGUGUCAGUACCCUCCUGGGAGCUCCUCGCUUCGAGAUGCUCUGUCAAGCUCUCUCCCGAGGAGGUUGACAGCUUUGCUGAUGCGCUUCGCAUCUAUCCCACCAAGGCCCAGGUCGUCGAGUACAACCACCAACACAUGCUUGGCCUGGACAGCCCCGCCAUUCAUGUCGAGGCAAAGCAUGAGGGUGUUGGUGCGGAGAAGGUUGAAUCCUCAGAUGCCGGCAACUUGGCCAAGCGCUUGCCCUUGUGUGUUGGUUGCAGGGUGAUGCUGACGCGGAAUUUGUGGGCCGACGUCGGGCUCGUCAACGGCGCACAGGGCACAGUCUACGACAUAUCCUGGAAAGAAGGUACCGACGUGCUGCGAGACCCGUCCGAGGUCAUCAUGGUGGCCUUCGAUGACUACGACGGCCCGGGCUUCACGAUGCCGAACGGGGAGCCUCUCCGUAGUGGAGAGAAGCUGGCUGUUCCCAUCCUCCGAGUGCGGCAUGACUUCAUGGUCGGCGCCAACUCAUGUUCAAGAGAGCAGUUCCCGCUGUUGGUCAGCUAUGCGAUCACCGUCCACAAAUCACAGGGCAUCACCCUGGACAAGGUCGUCUGCGACAUCUCUGCGCCAGAGUUUGCUUCUGGCCUCUCCUACGUGGCCGUUUCGCGGGUGAAGACACUCGGCGGGCUGAUGUUUAAGCGGCCCUUCGACCGCAGCAGGAUCUACCGCGAGACACCAUCACCAGCUAUGGGGUUGAAGUUGUCCGAUCACGGUAUCAGGCAACUGCAGGCGUUAGAUGCUGUGGCGGGGGAGGUUCCCUCAGAGUCUAAUUGA